CUUUGUCUUGCAUGUCUUGUUCCCAACAGGGGUCCUGACCUCCAGCAGCAGCAGCAGCAGCGGCAUUCUCAUCAUCAUCAUCGAACAUGUGAGAGGAGCUCUCAGCAUGCACAGGAUGACCAGGUCCUGCUCAAGCUGAAGCAGCUCCCCUCUACCUCGGUCCCAGCCGAGCUCCCUGCCUCCUGCAGCCUCCCUCCUUUUCCACAUGACCGCGAGAAGAUGACUAUCACCAGUCGGCAGUCCUUGAAUGUCCUGGCGGUCAUCUUCCUGCUNNCUUUUGCAGCACUUUCAGCUCACUACCGGGUGUGCGAGCCCUACUCCGACCACAAGGGGCGCUACCACUUUGGCUUCCACUGCCCCCGACUGUCGGACAACAAGACGUACAUGUUCUGCUGCCACCACAACAACACGGCCUUCAAGUACUGCUGCAACGACACCGAGUUCCAGAUGCUCAUGCAGAUCAACCUCACGACCACCGCCGAUGGCUAUUCGCACAAUAAUUACACGGCGCUGGUGGGAGUGUGGAUCUACGGCUUCUUCGUCAUGGUGCUGCUGGCUCUGGACUUCCUCUACUACUCGGCCAUCAAUUAUGAGCUUUGCCGGGUCUACCUGGAAAAAUGGGGGCUGGGCGGCCGCUGGCUGAAGAAGGCCCGCAGUCAGUGGCAACGCUCCAUGGAGGACGAGGGCCAGGCCCAGGCUCCGCCCACGGUGCCCGGCCUCUACCAGCCUCGACAGAGCCUCCGAGGGGAGAGCCACAGCCCCACGCUGCUGCCCCACAACACGUCCAGCGCAUGGUGA